GAACGACAGAUUGAAGUGACAAUCGCGUUACAGUAACAGAAUGCGUAGUGCGCGCGGUCCUUCUCAUCCUCGACAUCGCCCAUUUACUCAGUCUUAUUUACUGGUGUUGCCGUCGACCCAAAUUGACUCUGUGUUAUUGCACCAGGGAAUGAAACUGGACUGACGGCCUACAGCCAGAAAGUUUUAUGGAUGGAAAAAGCACGUCCAAUUCCGCCUAUAAUUCAGCAGUAUUCAAUGAGUUCCUUAGGCGAAACAAGGCAGUCGUAUGUGCAUUGUCUGCAAGCUACAUAUCCACGUUCGCUGGCUAUCCAUUGGAUUCAUUGAAGUCUCGAUUACAAACGACGAAAACACCUAUUUCAGUCCCUCGACUUGCUGCCAUUGUAUAUCGUGAGGAAGGCGUAGCUGGUUUUUUCCGUGGAUUAUGGAUACCCCUUAUGACCAUCUCUUUCGUUCGCGCCGCAAGCUUCACUAUUUACACUCGCACCAAAGAACAUUUCCGGGAUCAUCAUUGGCUUGCUCGCGAUAGUAUUGUAGAUGUUUCAGUUAUCGGAGGGGUUAGCGGUGCAAUGUCUGGGGCGUUGAUUUCAUUUGGGAGCGCUCCGUUUGAACUUGUAAAAGUCCGACGUCAAUUGGAAUACACGAUUGCUGCUUCAAAAGGCUUGCAACUCACGAAAGCACCUGGUACCCUGGAAGCGGUGAGGGAGAUAUUUCAGGCCAACGGCAUCGCAGGACUGUACACUGGCUUUCGGUUACAUUUCAUUCGUGAUACCUUGGGGACCGCCCUCUACUUCCUCGAGUAUGACGGUAUGCGACACUUGCUCGGACGACAAAGAAAUGGGGAACAGGGUGUUACACCAUCCUGGCUACCCAUUCCGGCAUCUUUGGUCCCAUUUGUUUGUGGGUCGUUUUCUGGGGUCACUUCUUGGGCGUUGAUAUAUCCUCUAGACGUGUGAGUCUCGAAUUAUACUCUCCAGCAGACCCGUCUCAGUCACGCAUCUCAGGGUUAAAACGAAAGUGCAACAGCGCGCACUAGCAGGGGAACGUUAUAGAGGAGUGUUUGAGACGCUCCGUCGUCUGAUCCGAGGACCUGAUCCCGAACGUCCUAAGCCUCUCUUGUCCGGAAUUGCUCGCAUCUAUCGUGGACUGGGUGUUAGUGCAUUGCGAAGCAUAACGACUCAUGGUCUACUCUGGACAUUUUUUGACCUUGUAUCUAACUAUAUCGACGAACUGCCGCGAACAGACGAAGAUGGAUGACCGUAAAAUUCCAACAAAUAUCUUCAAGUACUAUAAUCUAGAAUUCUCUCUAAAGGCAGCAUGAUAGUACUCACCCACUGCUCAGAUUCCAAUCAAACUUGUACAUAUACAUACAUAGUGA